AUGGGACUCUUGUGGCACUUUAUCUAUACUGAACAGAACAAGCGACAAUCAUUUGCUGAAGACAUGCACAACAUUAGUUCAGAGUACUCCAUUCGGUAUCCGGUCAGAAAAUGUGAUACAAAUAUGACUUACAUAGACUUCAGUGAUAGUUUAACAGCUAAUGAGACGGCUCGUGUAGACACAUGUAUUGCAACCUACGAACAGGGCCUUCUGCGUGGAAAAGAAUUAGAGAGAUCACAAAGGUCACUCCGAUGGGAGAGUCACUCUUACUUAAACAAUAGGAGUUUUGUGAUCGAGGCAGGGGGAUUCAAAGGACUAGAUGCGAAAAAGUUCAACGCACGCUAUCAUCCGGGCACAUACGUUGUUUUAGAACCAGUAAAAGAAUUCUAUGACGUGUUAGUAAAGAAAUUCCGAACCUCUCCCAACAUGUUAAUUUACAACUUUGGAAUUGACGCGACCGAUGGAGUAUUUUAUGUCAACGGUGCAAGGAGUCAAGGUUCGUCUAUCUUUUUCAAAAACCAAAACAACAGCAGCAACAACAAGGCGGCAAAAAUUGUGAAUGUUAAGAGUUUUUUUGAGAAAAUGUCAGUACGGAGUCGUGACGUUGACCUAAUCACUCUUAACUGUGAGGGUUGUGAGUACGCAGUACUGGACCUUCUUCUUUCCACCGACUAUAUACGUCACUUCCGGAACAUCCAAUUCCAAUCUCACAGAAUUUCGAGAAUCUGCUUCCCCAUCAAACGGUUCUGUUGGUACCAAGAACUUUUGCAAAGAACUCAUUAUCUUACAUUUCAGUUCAAAUUUUUAUGGGAGAAUUGGCAUCAGAUUAAAUCUUGA